UCCAAUAGAUAUAGUCGAUAAAUGGAACGACUCUGUUCGAUGGCGAUAUAAAAACAAUCCGUCGCCCCAAUUCCGAUCCCGUACCGUUGUUUCGAGAUCGGGCGCUUGAUCGACUGAUGGCCGGCAGGCGGGAUGGGCUCCUGACACGGCCUCACGGAUCGCCGUCGCGCGGAUCUCGAAUCGCCGCGGCCGUCGCCGUCGGCAUCCUCCUCGGCUGUGUCUGUGCUUUUCUCUACCCGGACGGCCUCUUCCGUUCUUUCUCCCGCGUCCAGUAUUCUGCCGAUGGAUCGUUUCAGGAUACCUUGGUAAAAUGUGAGACAAGUGAGAGGACUAGUAUGUUGAAAUCCGAGAAUGAAGAGUUGAAGAAGCAGGUGUCAGAGUUGAUUGCAAAACUUAAACUGACUGAACAGAGUGUAAAUCAGGCUCAAAAGCAAACCCUAACUUUAGGAGAGCAACCUAAAGCUGGUCCCUUUGGCACUGUGAAGUCAUUGAGAACAAAUCCUACUGUUGUUCCUGAUGAAUCUGUGAACACCAGAUUGGCAAACAUACUUACAAAAGUAGCCGUGAGGAAGGAACUUAUAGUUGCACUAGCAAAUUCCAAUGUGAAGGAUAUGCUUGAGCUAUGGUUUCAGAAUAUUAAAAGAAUAGGUAUACCCAACUAUCUAGUUGUAGCAUUGGAUGAUGAGACAGAACGAUUUUGUAACUCUAAUGAAGUUCCUGUUUACCGAAGGAAUCCUGAUGAAAGUAUUGAUAGCAUUGGAAGGACUGGUGGAAAUCAUGUUGUCUCUGGAUUAAAAUUUCGUAUUUUGAGGGAAUUUUUGCAGCUUGGAUACAGCAUUCUUCUUUCAGAUGUUGAUAUAAUCUACUUGCAGAAUCCAUUUGAUCAUCUCUACAGGGAUUGCGACGUUGAGUCCAUGAGUGAUGGUCACAGUAAUAUGACGGCUUAUGGUUAUGAUGAUGUCUUUGAUGAGAUUACAAUGGGAUGGGCUAGAUAUGCUCAUACGAUGAGGAUUUGGGUAUAUAACUCUGGGUUUUUUUACAUACGACCGACAGUCCCAUCUAUAGAGCUCUUGGAUCGUGUUGCAGAUCGGUUGGCACAUGAACAGGCAUGGGAUCAAAGAGUGUUUAACGAAGAACUAUUUUACCCCUCAUACCCAGGAUAUGAUGGGCUUCAUGCAUCCAAGAGGACCAUGGAUAUGUAUCUCUUCAUGAACAGCAAAGUGCUCUUCAAGACUGUUAGAAAAGAUGCUCACUUGCGUCGCUUGAAGCCUGUGAUUGUUCAUGUCAAUUACCAUCCAGAAAAGUUUGCUAGAAUGAAAGCUGUCAUCGAAUUUUAUGUGAAUGGGAAGCAAGAUGCAUUAGACCCUUUUCCAGAUGGUUCAAUGUCCUAGUUGCAUCUGAUACCUGCCAUGUUCGGCUUGGAAUCUAUAAGAGUCACAGCUUCGGCUUUCUGCCUCCACUUUGUAGGUUAUAUGCAUGCUUGCUUGUUCCUACUAUAAUUUCUAGCUAUUUCUUAAUAUAUUUUCAUCUUCAAAAAACUAGGAUAGUUUCUUUUUUCCCAGGGUUUUAGUUUUGUUGGCUGUUUUCACCUAAAUCCCUCGUGUGUAAUCAAAUACUAAACUUUCUGAGAGAUCAUUUUAAACUUUGAUUUU